AUGAAACGGUUGUCUUGGGCCAGAGAGGAGGUGAAAAGCGGCCGCGCGCACUUUGCCUCACGUAGUUGGUGCAGUGCCUCGAACUCAGCAUUUGCUAACCGUAUCGAGGAGCAUAUUGCUGAGAAGAGGCAACGGUCGACAGAGAGCGAACCGAAAGCGCCAACGAAGAAAAGAAAGACAAAAGACGAGGCUGAGAAGCCAAAAGUUAAGCGAGCGGACGACAAGCCGACAACGUCCAGAGCAGCGGCGGCAGCUAAUGAGGUGGCAAAGCGACACUUGAUCGUGGCUCUCAUUGACCGCAGUAACCCGCUGGGACAGAUGUCGCAGGAGCGGUGGAAAGUAGUCGAAAUGAAGCUACUAGAAGCGCUCUUCUCGAGGAUGGACGCCGAUCCUAGCGCACCAAUGCCAACGUUUGAUGGAGCAGGGUGGCUUGGUGGCGUCAAAAUCCUUAAAUGCAAGGAUGAUCCGUCGCUGACAUGGGUGAAGGAAGCAGUGAGAACGCUCCCAAACCUGUGGAAGGACGCGAAACUCGAGGUUGUGGAUCGGAGCAGCAUUCUGUCGGUUCCAAAGCGAAGGUGGUGA